CGUUGCCAAUAUAUCAGGAACCUUUAAAUCCGUGUGUUCCUUCACCUUGUGGAAUGAAUGCUGUGUGUAAGGAGUAUAAUAGUGCUGGUUCAUGUAGUUGUCUACCGGAGUAUUAUGGGAAUCCAUAUGAAGGUUGUAGACCAGAAUGUGUCAUAAAUUCUGAUUGUACACCUCAAAAAGCUUGUGUGAAAAACAAGUGUCAAAACCCAUGUGCUGGAACUUGUGGUCAAAAUGCAGAAUGUUACGUUACAAAUCAUUUGCCAUCUUGUACUUGUACAACUGGUUUUACUGGUGAUCCAUACAAAUACUGCAUACCACUUCCAUCUGUACAGCAAGUACAAGCGGAUCCAAUUAAUCCUUGUAUCCCUUCACCUUGUGGACCAAACAGUCAAUGCAAGGAAAUAAAUAAUCAAGCAGUAUGUUCAUGUCUACCAUCGUAUUUAGGAAAUCCCCCAAGUUGUAGACCAGAAUGUGUGGUGAAUUCGGAAUGUGAUAAAUAUAAAUCGUGUAGAAAUUUAAAAUGUGUAGAUCCAUGUUUAAAUGCUUGUGGUUCUAAUUCAAAAUGUAAAGUAAUAAACCAUAGCCCUAUAUGUUCAUGUGAAGGAGGAUUUACCGGUGAUCCAUUUUCAAGUUGUUAUGCUAUACAAUACUUACCAUCACCACCGAUACAAAAUGAACCAAUUAACCCCUGUAUACCUUCACCAUGUGGACUUUAUUCCUAUUGUAGGGAUACUAACGGGUACCCUUCUUGUUCUUGUCAAGAAAACUAUAUAGGAUCACCACCAAACUGUAGACCAGAAUGUACGAUUAACGAAGAGUGUUCUAAAGAUAAAGCUUGUAUGAAACAAAAGUGUCAAGACCCAUGUCCUGGUUCAUGUGGUGUGAAUGCUCAUUGUAGCGUUUACAAUCACAAUCCAGUAUGCGCAUGUAUUGAUGGUUAUACGGGAGAUCCAUUUACAACUUGCUACAUAAAACCAACAUCUCCGCCUGAACCACAAUACUCUGAUCCUUGUAAUCCAUCACCAUGUGGAUCAAAUGCUGUAUGCAAUAAUGGUAUUUGCACUUGUUUAAACGAAUAUCAUGGUGACCCAUACGCAGGUUGUCGUCCAGAGUGUAUCUUGAAUACGGAUUGUCCAGUUAAUAAAGCAUGCAUCAAUAAUAAAUGUAAAGAUCCAUGUCAAGGAACAUGUGGAACAAAUGCACUUUGUAAUGUGUAUAAUCAUAUUCCAAUGUGUACAUGUCCUCAAGGCAUGAACGGAAAUGCAUUUAUCAAUUGUCAACCAAUGCAAGCACCAAUUGAAGUAAUUAACCCAUGUGCCCCAUCUCCAUGUGGACCAAAUAGUCAAUGCAAACAAAUGAACGGCGUUGCAGUAUGUUCGUGCAUUUCAGGAUAUUUAGGAGCACCUCCUUUAUGUAGACCUGAAUGCACAAUUAAUUCAGACUGUAAUCUGAAUGAAGCAUGUUCUAAUCAAAAGUGUCGAAACCCAUGUCCAAGUAUUUGUGGUAUUGGUGCAAAUUGUCAAGUCAUAAAUCACAACCCAAUAUGUAGUUGUCCAGGAAAUUUAAUUGGUGAUCCAUUUACAAGAUGUUACAAUAAACCUGCUGAUGUACCGCAAUACGUGGGUAAUCCUUGCAUUCCGUCACCUUGCGGACCGAAUUCACAAUGCAAAGUUCAAGGUGAAUCACCGUCGUGCUCUUGCUUACCUCAAUUUAUUGGAUCACCACCGCAUUGCAAACCUGAGUGUAUUACAAAUAGUGAAUGUGCUUACAAUUUAGCUUGCACUAAUAUGAAAUGUAAAGAUCCUUGCCCAGGAUCAUGUGCACCAAACGCUGAAUGCCAUGUAGUAAGCCACUCGCCUAUUUGCAAAUGUCGAAAUGGUUAUGUAGGAGAUCCAUUUUCACAAUGCAUUAUACAACAAGCUGAUCCAAUUCCUCAAGAAAAUUUAAAUCCAUGUAUACCAUCUCCUUGUGGUACAAAUGCAAUAUGUAAAGAACAAAAUGGAGCUGGUUCGUGCACAUGUUUGCCCGAGUACUAUGGAAAUCCAUAUGAAGGAUGUAGGCCAGAAUGUGUUUUAAAUACAGACUGUGCAUCAAAUAAAGCAUGUUCAAAUUACAAAUGUAAGAACCCAUGUCCUGGAACUUGUGGUCAAAAUGCUGAGUGUCAAGUUGUGAAUCAUUUGCCUAUGUGUUCUUGCUAUCAAGGAUAUACUGGUGAUCCAUUUAGAUAUUGUAAUCUAAUACCUCCACCACAACAAACUGAAAUAGAACCAAGUAAUCCAUGUGCACCUUCUCCAUGUGGACCCAAUAGUCAGUGUCGAGAAAUCAACUAUCAAGCAGUUUGCUCAUGCCUCCCUUCAUACGUAGGAAGUCCACCAGGAUGCAGACCGGAAUGCGUAACUAAUUCUGAAUGUGCUCCAAAUAUGGCAUGCAUAAAACAAAAGUGCUCAAAUCCGUGCCCUGAACCAUGUGGACAAAACUCAAACUGCAAAGUAAUCAAUCACAGUCCAGUUUGCUCGUGCAUUAAUGGUUUUACUGGAGAUCCAUUUAUUCGUUGUUAUCAAAUUCCACCUCCUCCACCACAAUACGACCCAAUAUAUGUCAACCCAUGUGUUCCAUCUCCGUGCGGUCCAUAUUCUCAAUGUAAAGAACAGAAUGGCAUUCCAUCUUGCUCAUGUUUAGCCCAAUACAUUGGAAGUCCACCUAACUGUCGUCCUGAAUGUACAAUUAAUGCGGAAUGUCCUAGAGAUAAAGCAUGUAUGAAACAAAAAUGUCAAGAUCCAUGCCCUGGAUCAUGUGGUAUAAAUGCCUUAUGUAAUGUAGUCAAUCAUACUCCAAUAUGUUUAUGUCCAGAUGGCUACGAAGGCAAUCCUUUUGAAAGCUGUAAGCUGAAACCUCCGAUAGUUCCAGAACCAGAAUAUUCAGACCCAUGUAAUCCAUCACCUUGUGGUCCAAAUUCUGAAUGUUAUAACGGUAUUUGUAAAUGCAAACCAGAAUUCCAAGGUGAUCCGUAUUCAGGAUGUAGACCUGAAUGUGUGCUUAACAAUGACUGUCCUAGAAAUAAGGCCUGUAUACAAAAUAAAUGCAAAGAUCCUUGUCCUGGAACUUGUGGAACAAAUGCAAUCUGUGAAGUAUAUAAUCACAUACCUAUGUGUAGAUGCCCUGAUGGAAUGCAGGGAAAUGCCUUUAUUAACUGUUUGGUUCAACAUGAUGUGAUCCCUGUUAUAAACGUAAAUCCAUGCUAUCCAUCUCCAUGUGGACCUAAUAGUCAAUGCAGAGAGAUUAAUGGACAAGCAGUGUGUUCAUGCACAAUAGGUUAUUUAGGGGUGCCACCAUCGUGUAGACCAGAAUGUACUAUAAAUUCUGAUUGUAAUUUAAAUGAAGCAUGUACAAACCAAAAAUGUCACGAUCCCUGCCGUGGAGUAUGUGGUAUUGGAGCAAUUUGUCGUGUAUACAACCAUAAACCUAUUUGUAGCUGCCCCACUGGAUUAACAGGAAAUCCAUUUUCUUCGUGUCAUGCAAUACCUAUUAAUGAUCCAAUACCAAUAGAACAACCUUGCGUGCCAUCUCCAUGUGGAUCUAAUUCACAAUGUCAAGUAAAAGGGCAGUCGCCAUCUUGUUCUUGUUUACCUGACUUCAUUGGAUCACCACCAAACUGCAGACCAGAAUGUAUUAGUAACGGCGAAUGCCCAUAUCAUUUGGCAUGUAAAAAUAUGAAGUGUAAAGAUCCUUGUCCAGGAUCUUGUGGACAAAAUGCGCAAUGCAAUGUCAUAAGUCAUACUCCUCAAUGUGUUUGCUAUCCAGGAUACACUGGAGAUCCUUUCACACAAUGUAUAAUUCAACAAGCUGAACCAGUCGAAGAAAUUACAAACCCUUGUAUUCCAUCACCUUGUGGAGCAAAUGCGAUUUGUAAAGAGCAAAAUGGAGCUGGAUCUUGUAUUUGCUUACCUGAAUAUUUUGGAAAUCCUUAUGAACUCUGUAGACCUGAGUGUACAGUCAAUACUGAUUGUUCAUCAAAUAAAGCUUGUAUGGGAAAUAAAUGUACAGAUCCAUGUCCUGGCACAUGUGCUCCAUCGGCAAUUUGUCAAGUGAUAAAUCAUUCACCUACAUGCUCAUGUAAUUAUGGAUAUACCGGAAAUCCUUAUAAAUAUUGUAGCCUGAUUCCACCUCCACAAAUUCAAUCUGAACCAAUUAAUCCAUGUUCACCUUCUCCGUGUGGACCGAAUAGUCAAUGCCGAGAAGUUAAUUUACAGGCAGUAUGUUCAUGUUUAACAAAUUAUAUAGGAAGUCCGCCUAAUUGCCGACCAGAAUGUCUCAUUAGUCAAGAUUGUCCUCAAAAUCUUGCGUGCAUAAAUCAACAUUGCGCUGACCCUUGUAUUGGUCAGUGUGGUGAAAACACACAAUGUAAAACAAUCAAGCAUCGUCCGAUAUGCACAUGUAGUCCUGGAUACACCGGGGACCCUUUUUCACGAUGCUAUUUAAUACCACCAUCACCAUCACCACCAUCACAGGAUGAACUGAUACCAAUAAAUCCAUGUGUUCCAUCACCAUGUGGUCCAUACUCCGAAUGUAGAAACUAUGGCGGUUAUCCUUCUUGUAGUUGUUUGUCACAGUAUACUGGAAGUCCACCAAAUUGUAGACCUGAAUGCACAAUUAAUGCAGAAUGUCCUAGCAAUAACGCUUGUAUGAAAGAAAAAUGUCGCGAUCCAUGUCCUGGUUCUUGUGGAAUUGGAGCAACUUGUAACGUUUUAAAUCAUGUUCCUAUUUGCCAAUGUCCAGACGGAUUUACAGGAGAUCCAUUUGUAAGCUGUUUUCCUAAACCUCAAAUUCCAGUUAUAUCUGACGUAGAAAUAGAUCCGUGUAAUCCAUCACCAUGCGGUACUAAUGCAAUGUGCAAUAAUGGAAUUUGCACGUGCUUGCCGGAAUAUCAAGGCGAUCCAUACUUUGGAUGUAGACCAGAAUGCGUUCUGAAUGACGAGUGUUCUAGAGAUAAGGCUUGCAUUCGAAAUAAAUGUGUGAAUCCAUGUCCAGGAACAUGUGGUUACAACGCCAUUUGUGAAGUAUAUAACCAUAUACCAAUGUGUCGAUGUCCAGAAGGCUUAGAAGGUGACGCGUUUACUCAGUGCCUACCAAUAUUACAAGAGCAAAUUGUUACACAGCCAUGUAAUCCAUCACCUUGUGGACCUAACAGUCAAUGUAGAGAAAUAAAUAAUCAAGCUGUUUGUUCUUGCAUUGUGGGAUAUAUUGGUAGUCCACCAUCAUGUAGACCAGAAUGCACAAUUAAUGCGGAUUGUUAUUUAACUGAAGCCUGUUCAAACCAAAAAUGUAGAAACCCAUGUAUAGGAACAUGUGGAGUCGGUGCAAAAUGCCAAGUUAUUAACCAUAACCCAAUAUGUAGUUGUCCACAAAGUAUGACGGGUGAUCCAUUUGUCCGUUGUCAUACUAUAUUGGCUUUGCCUGAGCCUGUUGGAAACCCAUGCAUUCCAUCUCCUUGCGGACCUAACUCACAAUGCCAAGUGAAAGGAGAUACUCCUUCUUGCUCAUGUUUACCUGAAUUUAUUGGAUCUCCGCCAAAUUGUAAACCAGAAUGUAUUACUAAUAGCGAAUGUAAUUACAAUAAAGCAUGUGUCAAUAUGAAAUGUAAAGAUCCCUGUCCAGGAUCUUGUGGUCAAAAUGCUAUAUGUCAAGUAGUUAGCCAUGUACCAAGAUGUUCAUGUUUAUCUGGCUACAUUGGAGAUCCAUUUAUUCAAUGUUAUAUUCAACAAGCUGAUCCCGUACCAAUUGAGUAUUUAUCACCAUGUGAACCUUCACCGUGUGGUACAAAUGCUGUUUGUAAGGAACAAAAUGGUGCUGGUUCAUGUAGUUGUUUGCCUGGUUUCCAAGGAAAUCCUUAUGAUGGAUGCAGAUACGAAUGCAUACUUAAUACAGAUUGUGCAUCUAAUAAAGCGUGUAUAAGAAAUAAGUGUCAAAAUCCAUGUCCUGGAUCUUGUGGACCAAACGCGGAAUGUUUGGUAAUCAAUCACCUUCCGAUGUGCACGUGUUAUAAUGGUUAUACUGGAGAUCCUUUCAAAUACUGUAAUCUAAUUCCACCACAAAUAAUUCAACAAGAACCAAAUACACCUUGUACUCCAUCACCAUGUGGACCAAACAGCCAAUGUAGAGAAAUAAAUGGCCAAGCCGUCUGUUCAUGUCUUCCAACAUAUCAAGGAAGUCCUCCAGGAUGCAGACCUGAAUGUGUUUUAAGUUCUGAAUGCAGUGAUAUUCACACGUGUAUUAAUCAAAAAUGUGUCAACCCAUGCCCUGGACCAUGUGGUUUAAAUGCCAUCUGCAAAGUUAUAAAACAUAACGCAAUUUGUUCAUGUCAACCUGGAUAUCAAGGAGAUCCAUUUUCUCGUUGUUAUUCAAUACCACCACCUCCGCCACAGCAAGAUGAAAUUAUUUAUACAAAUCCUUGUAUUCCAUCACCGUGUGGUUUGUACUCGGAGUGUAGAGAUAUCGGUGGAACUCCAUCAUGUUCAUGUUUAUCACAAUAUUUCGGUAAUCCACCUAAUUGUAGACCAGAAUGUGUGAUGAACAAUGAUUGCCCCAGCAAUUUGGCAUGUAUCCGAGAGAAAUGUCAAGACCCAUGUCCAGGAUCUUGUGGUGUUGAAGCUUACUGUAAUGUCAUAAACCACACACCAAAUUGUAUAUGCCGUGAAGGAUUUACUGGAGAUCCUUUUACAUCAUGCUAUAUCAAACCAAUUCAAAAUGUUCCAGAAAUUAUCGAAAAAGAUCCAUGCUACCCAUCUCCAUGUGGUCCGAAUACUAUCUGUAAUAAUGGUCAAUGUUCAUGCAUAAACGAAUAUUUUGGAGAUCCAUACUCUGGUUGUAGACCAGAAUGUGUUAUUAAUAACGAUUGCUCCAGAGAAAAAGCUUGUGUUCGCAAUAAAUGUACCAAUCCAUGCAAAGGUACGUGUGGAGAAAAUGCAAUAUGUGAUGUUUACAAUCAUAUACCAAUGUGUCGAUGUCCAGAAGGAACAGAAGGAAAUGCAUUUAUCAGAUGUUCUGCCUUACAACAAAUUCCGAUUGAUAUUCAUCCUUGCAGCCCAUCACCGUGUGGGCCCAACAGUCAUUGUAGAGAAAUCAAUGGACAAGCUGUGUGCUCUUGUAUUGUUGGCUACUUGGGAGUUCCGCCAUCGUGUAGCCCAGAAUGUACUGUAAAUUCGGACUGUAAUAGUAAUAAAGCAUGUUCAAAUCAAAAGUGCAUCAACCCAUGUAUUGGAGUUUGUGGUGUAAACGCCAAAUGCCAAGUCAUUAAUCACAGUCCAAUCUGUAGUUGUGUGCCUAGUUAUACUGGUAAUCCAUUUGUUCGAUGUUACCCAAAACCUGCAGAUAUUCCACAACCCAUUGGAAAUCCUUGUAUUCCGUCACCUUGUGGCCCGAAUUCGCAAUGUAAAGUUCAAGGUGAAUCACCAUCAUGUUCUUGUUUAUCUGAUUUUAUUGGUUCACCUCCGAAUUGUAAACCGGAGUGUGUAAGCAACAGUGAAUGUCCAAAUCAUUUAUACUGCAUGAACAUGAAAUGUAAAAACCCUUGUAUUGGAGCUUGUGCGCCGACUGCUGAAUGUAGAGUUAUAAGCCACACGCCAAGAUGUUCAUGUCCCAUUGGAUUUAUUGGAAACCCAUACACUGAGUGUUUACCACAGCAAGCUGAUCCUAUUCCACAAGAAUAUUUAAAUCCUUGUGAGCCAUCUCCAUGUGGUAUCAAUGCCAUUUGUAAAGAACAAAAUGGAGCUGGAUCUUGUUCUUGUUUACCAGAAUUUUUCGGCAAUCCAUAUGAAGGGUGUAAACCUGAAUGCAUUGUCAAUGCAGAAUGUCAAUCUAAUAAAGCAUGUAUAAAUAAUAAAUGCAAAGAUCCAUGCCCAGGAACAUGUGGCCAAAACGCUGAAUGUCAAGUUAUUAAUCAUUCACCAUUGUGCACAUGUUAUAAUGGCUAUACAGGAGAUCCAUUCCGUUACUGUCAUAUUAUACCACCACAACAAGCCGAAGUACAGCCAGUCUAUCCAUGUACACCAUCUCCGUGUGGACCAAAUAGUCAAUGUCGAGAUAUUAAUCAACAAGCUGUUUGUUCAUGUUUACCAAACUAUAUAGGGAGCCCUCCAGGAUGUCGACCAGAAUGUGUAUUAAAUGCUGAAUGUUCAACAAGUCUCGCUUGUAUUAAUCAAAAAUGCAAAAAUCCGUGCGAAGAUCGUUGUGCUCAAAAUGCUGUCUGCAGAGUAAUGAACCAUAUUCCAAUGUGUUCGUGUAAUUCCGGAUAUACCGGAGAUCCAUUUUUACAUUGCCAUCCAAUACCAUUACCACAACCACCACCAUUAAACGAACCCAUUUAUACUGACCCAUGCAUACCAUCACCAUGUGGUUCAUAUGCUGUGUGCAAAGUUCAUGCGGGUAAUCCAUCAUGUUCUUGUCUAGCUCAAUACAUUGGUAGUCCACCAAACUGUAGACCAGAAUGUAUUAUGCACUCUGAAUGUCCUAGCAAUGAAGCUUGUAUGAGAGAAAAAUGUCAAGAUCCAUGCCCAGGAUCAUGUGGUUGGGGUGCUCAGUGUAAUGUUAUUAACCAUACCCCUAUAUGCUCUUGUCCUGAUGGUUAUGAAGGAAAUCCUUUCAUAAAAUGUGAUAUCAAGCCAGUUAUUCAAACACCAGUCUACUCAGAUCCGUGUAAUCCGUCACCUUGUGGUCCAAACGCUCUUUGCAACAAUGGUAAAUGUACAUGUUUAAGUGAAUACCAAGGAGACCCGUACACAGGAUGUAGGCCAGAAUGCGUAUUGAAUACUGAUUGUCCAAGAAAUAAAGCGUGUAUGAAAAAUAAGUGUAUAGACCCUUGUCCUGGAACGUGUGGACAAAACGCUAUAUGCGAUGUGUAUAAUCAUAUACCAAUGUGUCGUUGUCCAGAAGGAAUGCAAGGCAAUGCUUUUGUCAUUUGUAGCCCACAACAAAGCGACCCAGUGAUAUACGAUCCAUGUAAUCCAUCUCCAUGCGGACCAUUUAGUCAGUGUAGAGAAAUUAAUAGACAAGCAGUAUGUUCAUGUGUUUUGGGUUAUACUGGAGUACCACCAUUGUGCCGUCCUGAAUGUAUAACGAGUUCAGACUGUAGACAAAAUCAAGCUUGCUCCAAUCAAAAAUGUAUAGACCCAUGUCCAGGAGUUUGCGGUAUAAAUGCUAAAUGUCAAGUUAUAAGCCACAGUCCAAUUUGUAGCUGUCCACCUGGAUAUACAGGAAAUUCAUUUAUGAAUUGUUACCAAAUACCUGCUGACGUACCAUUACCAGUAGGUAAUCCUUGCGUCCCAACUCCAUGUGGUCCAAACUCACAAUGUCAAGUAAAAGGAGAUACACCUUCAUGUUCAUGUCUGUCUGAAUUUAUUGGGUCUCCUCCAAAUUGUAGACCAGAAUGUAUCACUAACAGUGAAUGUUCUUAUGAUAAGGCAUGUAUAAAUAUGAAAUGUAAAGACCCUUGCCCGGGGUCAUGUGCAGUUAAUGCUAUAUGUCAAGUCAUAAGUCACGCACCAACUUGUCAUUGCCAAUCAGGAUAUGUUGGAAAUCCGUUUACUUUCUGUUCAGUUCAACAAGAUCCUAUACCUCAAGAGUAUAUAAAUCCGUGCGUACCAUCACCUUGUGGAGUGAAUGCAGUAUGUAAAGAACAAAAUGGUGCAGGAUCAUGCGUUUGCUUGCCAGAAUAUAUAGGAAAUCCAUAUGAAAGUUGUAGACCAGAAUGUACAGUUAAUUCAGAUUGUGUUUCUAAUAAGGCUUGUAUGAUGAGCAAAUGUAAAGAUCCAUGUCCAGGAACGUGUGGGCAAAAUGCAGACUGUCAUGUGGUUAAUCACUUACCUAUCUGUACAUGUAUAAAUGGAUUUACUGGUGAUCCAUUCAGAUACUGUUCUAUAGUUCCACAACAAUCCUCUCCAAUAGAGCCCAUCAACCCGUGUUAUCCUUCACCAUGUGGACCAAAUAGUCAGUGUAAAUCUAUCAAUGAUCAAGCAAUAUGUUCAUGCUUACCAAGUUUCGUUGGAAGCCCUCCUGGAUGUAAACCAGAAUGUGUAAUGAGUUCAGAAUGUAAUAAUAACGAAGCAUGUUCAAAUCAAAAGUGUACCAACCCAUGUAUUGGUAUUUGUGGACAAAAUGCUGAUUGCAAAGUUAUCAAUCACAGUCCAAUUUGUUCUUGUCGACCUAAAUUUACCGGGGAUCCAUUUACACAUUGUUUCCCAGUACCAAUACCACCACCUCAAUAUUCGCCAGUUGAAUAUACUAAUCCAUGCAUACCAUCGCCUUGUGGCCCAUAUUCACAAUGUAAUGAUAACCAAGGUGUUCCAUCAUGCAGUUGUCUUUCUCAAUACAUUGGAAGUCCUCCAAAUUGUAGACCCGAAUGUGUUAUGAACUCCGAAUGUCCAUCAAAUAAAGCAUGUAUUAAUGAACACUGUAGGGAUCCCUGUCCAGGUUCAUGUGGCUAUAAUGCCGAGUGCAAUGUUUUAAAUCACACUCCUAUGUGUGUAUGUCCAUAUGGUAUGAUUGGUGAUCCAUUCACUAGUUGCUAUACCAAACCACAAGAAGCCGCUCCGAUUGAAAACAGUGAUCCAUGUAAUCCAUCUCCAUGUGGACAUAAUGCGCAAUGUAAUAAUGGCGUGUGCACAUGUUUAUUGGAAUAUCAAGGAGAUCCUUAUAUAGGAUGUAGACCUGAAUGCGUACUAAAUAAUGAUUGUCCGCUAAAUAAAGCAUGUAUAAAUCGAAAAUGUAAAGAUCCAUGUCCAGGAAUAUGUGGUCAUAAUGCAAUAUGCGACGUUUAUAACCACAUCCCAAUGUGCCGGUGCCCUGAAAAAAUGUCUGGAAAUGCAUUUAUAGAAUGCAAACCGUCUGAAAUUCAAGCUCAAGUAUACCCAUGUAAUCCUUCUCCUUGUGGACCAAAUAGUCAAUGUAGAGAAAUCAACAAUCAUGCUGUAUGUUCUUGUGUAGCAAAUUACAUAGGAUCACCUCCUCUAUGUAGACCAGAAUGUACUACCAAUUCUGAUUGUAAUCAAAAUGAAGCUUGUAGCAAUCAAAAAUGCAAGGAUCCUUGUCCUGGAACAUGUGGAAUAGGAGCUAAAUGUCAAGUUAUUAAUCAUAGUCCUAUAUGUAACUGUCCAUCAGGAUUUACUGGAAAUGCUUUUGUCCAUUGUCAUCCAUUACAAGCUGCACCAGUAGAAGAAAUUAAUGAAAAUCCUUGUAUACCAUCACCAUGUGGAUUUAAUGCUCAAUGUCAAGAUAUUGGUGGUCAACCAUCAUGUUCUUGUUUGCCUACUUUUAUUGGUUCACCGCCACAUUGCAAAUCAGAAUGCAUUAUCAACAGUGAAUGUCCAUAUCACUUAGCUUGCAUAAAUAUGAAAUGCCGAGAUCCAUGUCCAGGGUCUUGUGGUCAGAAUGCAGAAUGUAAAGUAAUAAGCCAUGUUCCAAAAUGUUAUUGUUUAUCUGGUUACACUGGAAAUCCAAUAAUACAAUGUAAUAUACAACAAGCUGAACCAAUCCCUCAAGAAUACUAUAAUCCAUGUCAUCCAUCACCUUGUGGUUCAAAUGCAUUAUGUAAAGAGCAAAAUGGUGCUGGAUCUUGCAUGUGUUUACCAGAAUAUUUUGGCGAUCCAUAUAAUGGAUGCAUGCCUGAGUGUGUAGUUAAUUCAGAUUGUCCACAAAAUGAAGCUUGUAGAAGAAAUAAAUGUGAAAAUCCUUGCCCAGGACUGUGUGGUCCAAAUGCUGAAUGUCAAAUAAUUAACCAUGUGCCUAUGUGUACUUGUUUCAAUGGGUAUACUGGAGAUCCAUUUAGAUAUUGUUCAAUAAUUCCUCCACAACAAACUCCAAUGGAACCAAUAAAUCCAUGUAGUCCAUCACCUUGUGGACCAAAUAGCCAAUGCAAAGAACUUAAUGGUCAAGCAAUAUGUUCGUGUCUUCCCGAAUACAUUGGAAGUCCUCCUAGCUGCCGGCCCGAAUGUGUAAUUAGUAGUGAAUGUAGUCAUGAUAAAGCUUGUAUUGGUCAAAAAUGUAAAGAUCCUUGUCCUGGAAUGUGUGGUUAUAACGCAUAUUGUCAAACUAUAAAUCAUAGCCCUAUUUGUACAUGUACUACAGGAUAUACGGGAAAUCCAUUUUCACAAUGUUAUCAAAUACCAAAACCUCCAAUACAACAAACUCCAAUAGAACCAAUAAAUCCAUGCUAUCCAAACCCGUGUGGACCAUUUUCUAUAUGUCGUGACCAAGGAGGAUAUCCAUCGUGUUCUUGUUUACCUCAGUACAUUGGUAAUCCACCAAACUGCAAGCCAGAGUGUGUCAUUAGUGCUGAAUGUCCAAGCAAUAAAGCUUGUAUAAAUGAAAAAUGUCGAGAUCCGUGCCCGGGUUCAUGCGGCGUAGGAGCACUAUGCACAGUAAAUAAUCAUACACCUAAUUGUUACUGUCCUAGUGGUUAUAUAGGAGACCCAUUCAGUUCAUGUGCACUAAAACCACAAGAUGAACCAAUAAUACCAAACACUGAUCCAUGCUUCCCAUCUCCAUGCGGUUCAAAUGCAAUUUGCAAUGAUGGCAUUUGCACUUGUUUACCAGAAUACCAAGGAGAUCCAUAUACUGGUUGUAGACCCGAAUGUAUAUUAAAUGAUGAAUGUGCAAGGAAUAAGGCCUGCAUAAAGUAUAAAUGCAAAGAUCCGUGCCCAGGAACUUGUGGUCAAAACGCUAUUUGUGAUGUUUAUAACCAUAUUCCAAUGUGUAGAUGCCCUGAAGGAUUGUCUGGAAAUGCAUUUAUAGAAUGCCGUCCUUAUCAAAUUUCUGUGAUCCAAGACCCUUGUAAUCCCUCUCCAUGUGGACCAAACAGUUUUUGUCGUGAAAUAAAUCAACAAGCUGUUUGUACUUGUAUUACUGGAUAUAUUGGUGCUCCACCAACCUGCCAUCCAGAAUGCAUGGUUAAUUCUGAUUGCAUUUUAAGUAAAGCAUGUAGCAAUCAAAAAUGUCGAGAUCCUUGUCCUGGAACAUGUGGAGUUGGUGCUAAAUGUCAUGUUGUUAAUCAUAAUCCGAUUUGCAGUUGUCCUCCUGGUUUUACUGGCAAUGCAUUUGUUCAAUGCAAUAAAAUACCGAUAAUUGAAGACGAACCUAUUCGAAACCCAUGUGUACCUUCACCAUGUGGUCCAUACUCCCAAUGUCAAAUUCAAGGAACAUCUCCAUCUUGUUCAUGCUUACCUGAAUAUAUUGGAGCACCACCAAAUUGUAGACCAGAAUGUGUUAGUAACAGUGACUGUUCAUAUAAUUUGGCAUGUAUUAAUAUGAAGUGUAAAGAUCCAUGCCCCGGGUUAUGUGGAGAGAAUUCCAUUUGUCGUGUUAUUAGUCAUUCACCGAUGUGUUAUUGCAUACAAGGUUAUAUUGGAAAUCCGAUGGUUCAAUGUGUAGUUCAACAAGAUGUAGUUAUAAGAGAUGAUCCGCAUCCUUGUACUCCGUCACCUUGCGGAGUUAAUGCCCAGUGUAAAGAACAAAAUAAUGCUGGCUCAUGUAGUUGUUUACCUGGAUAUUUUGGAAAUCCAUACGAAGGCUGCAAACCUGAAUGUAUUGUUAACACUGAUUGUCCUCCAAAUAAAGCUUGUAUACAAUAUAAAUGCGAAAAUCCUUGUCCCGGAUCUUGUGGAUUAAAUGCUGAUUGUCAGGUGAUUUAUCAUGUUGCUUCGUGCACUUGUCACCCAGGUUAUACAGGCAACCCAUAUCAAUCUUGCAAUUAUAUACCACCACAAAUAACUCAAAUGGAGCCAAUAUAUCCAUGUACACCAUCACCAUGUGGUCCUAACAGUCAGUGCAAAGAACUAAACAAUCAAGCUAUAUGUUCUUGUUUGCCAUCAUUUAUUGGAAGCCCCCCAAUGUGUCGACCUGAGUGUACUACUAGUGCUGAAUGUUCAUUGAAUUUAGCAUGUGUGAAUAAAAAAUGUGUAGAUCCCUGUCCUGGAGUUUGUGGACAAAGUGCAAACUGUAGAGUUGUAAAUCAUAGUCCGCUAUGUUCAUGUAAUUUAGGGUUCACAGGAGAUCCAUUUUCUAUUUGCUAUCCUAUGCAAAAUGCUCCAGAACCCCAACCUCAGCCACCAAUAAAUCCAUGUAUACCAUCACCGUGUGGUCCUUAUUCUCAAUGUCAAAACUAUGGAGGUUCUCCAUCAUGCACAUGUCUUCCGUCGUAUAUAGGAACUCCUCCUAACUGUAGACCUGAAUGUACAAUCAAUGCUGAUUGUCCAAGUAAUGUGGCUUGUAUACGUGAAAAAUGUAGAGAUCCAUGUCCUGGUUCAUGUGGUUCAAAUGCUCAUUGUCAAGUUUUUAAUCAUAUCCCAAUGUGUAUCUGUCCAGAAGGAUACACCGGAGACCCAUUUUUGAGCUGUUACAUCAAACCUGAACCAACUAUUCAACAAGCUUCAGACCCUUGUAAUCCUUCUCCGUGUGGACCAAAUGCAUUAUGUAACAAUGGCAUUUGUACAUGUAUUUCUGAAUAUCAAGGAGAUCCAUAUAGCAUGUGCAGACCUGAAUGUGUUCUAAACAAUGAGUGCCCUCAAAAUAAGGCGUGCAUUAAAAAUAAAUGUAAAGACCCAUGCCCUGGAACUUGUGGUCAAAAUGCUUUAUGUGAAGUAUAUAAUCACAUUCCAAUGUGUAGAUGUCCACAAGGAAUGAUUGGAAAUGCAUUCGUUCAAUGUUUACCAUAUCAAGCUCCGAUUGAAACAAAUCCAUGUCAACCUUCACCGUGUGGUCCUAAUAGUCAAUGUAGAGAAGUAAAUGGCUAUUCAAUGUGUUCCUGUCUCAGCGGAUAUAUUGGAACACCGCCAACUUGUCGUCCUGAAUGUUCUAUUGAUUCCGAUUGUAGUCCAAAUAGAGCAUGUUCAAAUCAGAAAUGUCGUGACCCAUGUCCAGGAGCUUGUGGAGAAAAUGCUCAAUGUCAUACUAUAAGUCAUAGACCACAUUGUCAUUGUCCCCCUGGUUUCACCGGAAAUGCUUUUUCAAGAUGUUACGUACAACAAUUACCAUCGGAACCAAUUCAAAAUCCAUGCGUACCUUCACCUUGUGGUCCAAAUUCUCAAUGCCAAGUCAAUGGAAAUUCACCAUCGUGUUCAUGUUUGCCUAACUUUAUUGGCUCACCACCGCAAUGUCGACCGGAAUGCGUCAGUAAUAACGAAUGUCCGUAUCAUCUUGCAUGUAUAAACAUGAAAUGUAAAGAUCCAUGCCCUGGUUCAUGUGCUUCAAAUGCUGUAUGUAAAGUAAUUAGUCAUACUCCAAGAUGUAACUGCCCACCAGGUUAUAAUGGUGAUCCAUUCACCCAAUGCAUAUUGCAACAAGCUGAACCUAUCCAAGAAGUAACGAAUCCUUGUAUACCAUCGCCAUGUGGUCCAAAUGCAUUAUGUAAAGAACAAAAUAAUGCUGGCUCAUGCGUUUGCUUACCUGAAUAUUACGGAAAUCCUUAUGAAGGUUGUCGACCUGAAUGUAUGAUUAAUACAGACUGUAGUGCUAACAAAGCAUGUAUGGCAAAUAAAUGUAAAGACCCAUGUCCAGGAACUUGUGGUAGUAACGCUAAAUGUCAAACUAUCAACCAUAUUCCAAUGUGUACUUGUUUGCCGGGUUAUGUUGGAGAUCCAUUCAACUACUGUAAACUUAUACCACCGCAACAAAUUGAAAUCGUUCCAAAUUAUCCAUGUAUACCAUCUCCAUGUGGUCCAAAUAGUAUAUGCAAGGAAAACAAUGGCCAAGCAAUUUGCUCGUGUUUACCAUCAUUUAUUGGAACUCCGCCUGGAUGUAGACCUGAAUGUGUUACUAGCUCUGAAUGUGCACAAAAUCUAGCUUGCGUAAAUCAAAAAUGUGUCGAUCCUUGUCCAGGAACGUGUGGACAGAAUGCUUAUUGUCGAACUAUUAAUCAUCAUCCAAUAUGUAAAUGUAACUCUGGUUACACGGGUAAUCCAUCUACAUAUUGCUCUAUUAUACAAUAUACACCACCUGAAGAGCCACCUACGAUUAAUCCUUGUUCACCAUCACCCUGUGGUCCUUACUCUCAAUGUAUAGCACAUGGAAAUUCACCAUCUUGUUCGUGUUUAUCGACAUACGUAGGUAGCCCACCUAAUUGUAGACCAGAGUGCAUUGUUCAUGCCGAGUGUCCUAGCAAUUUGGCUUGCAUGAGAGAGAAAUGUAGAGAUCCAUGUCCAGGAUCUUGUGGAUUAGGAUCACAGUGCAACGUGAUUAACCAUGUACCAAUUUGCACAUGUCCAGUUGGUUAUACAGGGGAUCCAUUUGUCAGCUGUUAUAUUAAACCAAGUCCACCACCUAAGCCUCAAUAUUCCGAUCCAUGCUAUCCAUCUCCAUGUGGACCGAGUGCAACGUGUAAUAAUGGUAUUUGUUCUUGUAUAGCUGGUUAUCAAGGAGAUCCUUAUCGAGGAUGUCGACCGGAAUGUGUUUUAAAUGAAGAUUGUGCUAAAGAUAAGGCCUGUGUAAAAAAUAAAUGCAUUAAUCCGUGUAUAGGCACUUGUGGAAACAAUGCAAUUUGUGAGGUUUAUAAUCAUAUACCAAUGUGUCAUUGUCCACCUGGAAUGACUGGAAAUGCUUUUAUCACGUGCCACCAAGUAUUACAAGAACAAGUUAUAAGAAAUCCGUGUUCACCUUCUCCUUGCGGACCAAAUAGUCAAUGCCGUGAUGUGAACAAUCAAGCUAUUUGUACAUGCUUGCCAACUUUCUUUGGAUAUCCUCCUAAUUGCCGACCAGAAUGUACAAUUAAUUCAGACUGUUCGAUGAACACUGCUUGUUUGAAUCAACGGUGUAGAGAUCCAUGUCCGGGAACAUGUGGUAUUAAUGCAGAUUGUCAAGUUAUCGAUCAUAAUGCUAUUUGUAGGUGCCCGCUAUACCUAACAGGAGAUCCAUUUUCAAAAUGUUCUUAUCCAGUUGUAUUAAAACCUCAACAAGAUCCAAUUAAUCCAUGUGUUCCAAGUCCAUGUGGACCUUAUUCAGAAUGCCGUGUAACCUUAAAUACUUACACAUGUACAUGUUUACCAAACUACCAAGGUUCACCUCCACAGUGUCGUCCUGAAUGUGUAUCGAACAGCGAAUGUAGAUUUGAUUUAGCAUGCAUUAAUAUGAAAUGCAGAGACCCGUGUGUUGGUUCUUGUGGUUUCAAUUCAGAAUGUCAUGUAUACAACCAUAUACCUCAGUGUAUUUGUCCUCAAGGAUACAUUGGAAAUCCUUUUGUCUCAUGUAACAUCCAGCAAGCACAGCCUGUUCAACCUACACCAACUUCACCUGCCGAUCCAUGUUACCCAUCACCAUGUGGACCUAAUGCUAGAUGUCACGUUGAGAAUCAAAAUGCUAUUUGCGAAUGUUUACCAGAAUAUCAAGGAAAUCCAUAUGAAUCUUGUAGACCUGAGUGUCUUGUUAGCUCUGAUUGUGCUAUGAACAAAGCUUGUAUUAGAAAUAAAUGCCAAGACCCAUGUCCUGGUACGUGUGGCAUAUCUGCUAUAUGCUUUGUUUCGAAUCAUAUACCAAUAUGUUCAUGUCCAGAACAUUUAACUGGUGAUCCUUUCCAAAUUUGUCAGCCAAUACCAGCUAGAGAUCCGAUUCCAUCUAAUCCAUGUGUACCAUCACCAUGUGGACCAAAUACCCGCUGUCGCAUAAUGAAUGGUGCUGCUAUUUGUGAAUGCUUACAAGGAUAUGAAGGAUCUCCAUCAACUAGUGGUUGUAGACCUGAGUGUGUAAUCAGUCCUGAUUGUCCUCGAAAUAAAGCUUGCGUCAACAAUAAAUGUGUAGACCCAUGUCCUGGUGUGUGUGGAUAUGAAGCAAUUUGUCAGACUAUUAACCAUAGUCCUGUAUGUUCAUGUCCUCCGCCUACUAUUGGAGAUCCAUUUGUUGAAUGUAAACAACAACCAGCAUUACCAAGUGAUCCAUGUAAUCCGUCACCUUGUGGUAGCAACGGUCAAUGUAGAGUGAUUGGAAAAGUCGCCUCAUGUGUGUAUCCCGAAUGUAUCAUUAACCAAGACUGUCCAAGGGACAAAGCAUGUUUCACGCAAAAAUGUCAAGAUCCAUGCCGAGACGUUUGUGGAUUGAACGCUAUUUGCCAAGUGGUUAAUCACAAUGCUAUAUGUUCAUGUCCUCCUGGAUACUACGGAGAACCAAAACAACAAUGUAUAAUACAACGAUCGCCUGAACCAAAGCCAGAGUGUACUACUGACAGUGAAUGUUCUAAUGACAAGACAUGCAUAAAUUACGCUUGUAAAAAUCCAUGUCAAGAAUCACCAACUACAUGUGCUAGAAAUGCAUUAUGUUAUGUUCAAAAACACAGAUCAGUAUGUGUGUGCAAAGAUGGAAUGACUGGAAACGCUCAAAUCCUAUGCAUAGAAAUUGGCUGCCGCGCUGAUACUGAUUGUCCCCCGGAAAAAUCAUGUGUUAAUGGAGACUGUGUUGACCCUUGUGCUUACACUCAUUGUGGCAUCAACGCGUUAUGUCGAACUGAUGGCUACCAUAGAGCCAGAUGUUAUUGCCCUCCCGCAUAUGAAGGGGAUCCGUUCGUAGAAUGUAGAAGACCUGAAUGCACUAUCGAUUCGGACUGUCCAUCAACGUUAGCUUGCAGAAAUCAACAUUGUCAAAGUCCAUGUGAUUGUGCUCCGACUGCAUUGUGCAACGUAGCCAAUCAUAUUGCAGCUUGCAGAUGUCCUCCAGGAUAUAUAGGAAAUCCACAUAUUUCUUGCACAUUAACUCCACUUGAUAUUCCACCUCAAUGCUCAAUGGAUUCUGACUGUGCUAGUAAGUUAGCCUGUUUCAAUGGAGAUUGCCGAAACCCAUGUAAAGAGAUCAAACCGUGUGGAGCAAAUGCAGAAUGCACCGUAGUAGAUACUUUACCUCACAGAACAAUGUCAUGCCAAUGUAUUCCAGGCUACGUUGGUGAUGCUGACGUGCAGUGUAAAUUGGGUGUUCCGACUUCGGUUGGUUGUUCUUCCAAUAGCGAUUGCCAACCAACAGACUCAUGUCUAAACCGCCAAUGUGUGAACCCGUGCACGGUAUCUAACCCAUGUGCAUCGACUGCAUUGUGUACAAUCAACAACCAUAAAGCUGUUUGUAGAUGUCCAGAUGGCCUUACUGGCGAUCCAUUCAUAAGCUGUUACAAAGUGCCACUGGCAACACCAGAAUGUACAACAGACUCUGAAUGUCCAAGUUCAAAAAUAUGCUCCAAUCAAUAUUGCCAAGAUCCGUGUCAAAUAUCAAAACCAUGUGACAUUACUGCGGAAUGUGUGACGAUUAACCAUCGACCUAUUUGUAAUUGUCCAAAUGGAUGGGCAGGAAAUCCACAGAUCCAAUGUUAUAAACCUGGUUGCAAAACUGACAGUGACUGUGUUUAUGACAAAGCCUGUAUCAACAGCAACUGCUUGAAUCCUUGCUCCGCACAGAGUUGUGGUCAUGGAGCCGAGUGUGUUGUUCAAGCUCAUAAGCCUCAUUGUAUUUGUCCAGCCGGUACACAAGGAUCACCGAUGAUAUCUUGUGUAUCAGUAGUGUGUCAAUAUAAUGAAGAUUGUGCUGACCAUGAAGCAUGUGAUAGAUUAAAUAGAAGAUGCAGACCUGUCUGUGAACAAGACACUUGUGCUGAGCAGGCAACGUGUCUAGCUCAAGCUCAUCAACCAACAUGCACAUGUAUAAGUGGCUUCCAAGGAAAUCCAUAUAUUGAAUGCAUUGAGUCAAGAGUACCAUCAAUAACUCCUGAAUGCACAAUAGAUUCUGAUUGUCCAUCACAACAUGCAUGUAUCAAUCAAAGAUGUCAAAAUCCUUGUACCUUAUCUGUCCUUUGCUCACCCGAUCAGGAAUGUCAUGUUCAAGACACGGUUCCGUACAAAACUAUUAUGUGUCAAUGUAGACCAGACACUGUAGCUACUAUUGAUGGCCGAUGCAAACCAAUAGUUCCCAUCACACCUCAAUGUAAGAGUGACUUAGAGUGUCCGUCGACAGAGAGGUGUGUGAAUCAAGGGUGUGUUGAAGCAUGUCGCAUAGACCCUUGUGGUAUAAAUGCACAAUGUGUUUCACUAAACCAUCAAUCAGCAUGUUCAUGUCCACCAGGAUAUACUGGCAAUCCACAUAUAGAAUGUUCGCUUCAACAAGCAACACCUAUGUUACCACCUCAACCAGAAUGUAUGAAGAAUGAUGACUGUGCACCAGAAAAAAGUUGUGUCAACCAAAAAUGUAUUAGUCCAUGUACUUUAGAUGACAGUUGCGGUAGAGGAUCAUUCUGUCAUACACAAAACCACCAACCUGUUUGCAGAUGUCCAAAUGGAUAUACAGGAGAUCCACGUAUUGCAUGCAUUCCACCUUCAAUAUCGAAUGUUGGAUGUGUGUCAAACACAGAAUGUAGUCCAGAGGAGUCAUGUAUAAAUAGAUUGUGUGUAAGUCCAUGUAAUUGUGGGCCAAACUCAGAUUGCAAAGUGUAUAAUCAUUAUCCUAGUUGUAUUUGUAAGCCUGGAUAUUACGGAAAUCCGCAACAAGGCUGUAUAAAAAUGGGAUGCACAUCAGAUGAUCAAUGUGCUUAUGACAAACAAUGUUACAACGGUGAAUGUGUUCCACCAUGUUUAUUGAAUGAUCCUUGUGCUCCGACCGCAAAAUGUUAUGGUGAUAAUCAUCGUGCUGCAUGUCAAUGUCCACCUGGUUUCUUUGGCAAUCCAUUUGAGAAAUGCGAAAGAACCGAAUGUACAUAUGACAUAGACUGUCCAUCAGAUCGCAUGUGCUUCGACCAACAUUGUAUCAAUCCAUGCACGGAACAACAUAGUCCUCCAUGUGCUUCAAACGCUAUUUGUUUCGUAAGAAACCAUGCCGUUUCGUGCAAAUGUCCAGAAAACUUCCCAAUGGGAGACCCGAAUACUUAUUGUGAACGUUUACCACCACCUCUUUUCGGAGAACCUGAAUGUAAGAUUGAUGUAGAUUGUGCCAGUCGACUUGCGUGCAUCAAAGAAAAAUGUGUGAACCCGUGUCGAGAAAUAAAACCUUGUUCAGAUAGUGCUAUGUGUACAGUCUUAGACAGUGUACCAGUGAGAACAAUGACUUGUACGUGUUCUGAAGGAUGGGUUCUUGAUGAAGGAGGAGAAUGCAAACAAGUCAUUGUAUCCUCGCCACCAGGUUGUACUACCAACGAUGACUGUCCAUCAAAUGAAGCAUGUCUUAACCAACAGUGCCGCAACCCAUGUAAUUGCGGUACAAAUGCUCAAUGUUUCGUCCAAAAUCAUCAUCCAGUAUGUUCUUGCUUAGAAGGUUAUAACGGAAAUCCUAACUUUGCUUGCAGAACAAUCGGAUGUAAAAGAAAUUCUGAAUGUGAAUCUGGUAAAGCUUGUAUUAACGGCCACUGCUUAAAUCCAUGCAUAGUAGAAGAUCCUUGUGGACCAAAUGCUGAAUGUUUCACGGUUGCUAGCCGUCCAGAAUGUCGCUGUAAGAGUGGCUAUAGAGGAAACCCAUACGACCGAUGCUUAGUAAUCGGUUGUCGCAGCAACAACGACUGCCCAGAUGAUCGUUCAUGUAUCAAUGGACAAUGUAUCAACCCAUGUGUCUAUGAACAUCCUUGUUCGUCUCAAGCUCAAUGCAAAGUACAAAAUCAUUUUGCAUUAUGUCGCUGCCCACCGGGACUAGUCGGCAACCCAUACGUAGCCUGUAGACAAGAAGUACAACCCGAAUGUAACAAAGACGCUGACUGUCCAUCACUAUUAGCUUGUUUUGAUAAUGUAUGCCAAAACCCAUGUACUACUCUGGAACCUUGUAAACGGCCAGCCGAAUGUGUUGUAAUCGAUUCGCUGCCAGUAAGAACGAUGAUUUGCGAAUGUCCCAGUGGUUACGCGAGUAGUGGAAGUGGCACUUGCAAGAUCACACCACCUAUGACAGCUGUUGCUUGUACUGCGGACACGCAAUGUCCAUCAGACCGAGCUUGUUUAAAUGGAAGGUGUAUAGAUCCAUGUAACUGUGGACCGAACUCCGAAUGCAGAGUAUGGGAUCACAAACCAGUUUGCUCUUGCUUAGCUGGAUUUGACGGAAGCCCAGAGAUCGAUUGUUCAAGAGCCGGAUGUCGUUCUGAAUCUGAUUGUUCUGGUCAACACACUUGUAUCAACCGCAUCUGUGUCGCCGUAUGCGCAGCAGAUGGUAGCAGUUGUGGAACAUCAGCUGAAUGUUAUGGUAUCAACCAUCAAGCUAUAUGUGAAUGUCCACCUGGAAUGGUUGGAAAUCCGCAGAUAGCUUGUGUGGUUGCUGGUUGUCGCUCUGACACAGAUUGUCCAAUCGACAAAGCGUGUAUAAACACUAAAUGUAUCGAUCCGUGUACCAAAAACAACCCGUGCAUUAAACCGGCCGAGUGUACAGUUUAUAACCAUCGCACAGACUGCGCUUGUCCACCAGGUUAUAUCGGAAGUGUAGAAACAAGUUGCAAAAAGAUCGAAACCGGAUGUCAAAGUGAUUCGGAUUGUCCAUCACAAACGGGUUGUAUUAAUAAAUUAUGUGUAAGCCCGUGUGAUGCUUCAUCUCCUUGCGGAAUAAACUCGAAAUGUAAAGUCCUCGAUACCUACCCUAUAAGAACCAUGACAUGUGAAUGUCUACCGGGUACUCAAGGAAAUGCUGCGAUACGAUGUGACGAAGUUUCGAAGUGUCCUAUUGAAAAAGGAUACGUAAGGAAUGAAAAUGGAGAAUGUGUAUGUCCUCCGGGUACAGCUCUUAACCAAGAAGACGAAUGCCGUAGAUGUAUUGUUGAAUUAGGAUUUAAAAUCGACGAAAACGGCCGUUGUGUAUGCGCAUUAGAUAGAGGAUUAAUUAUAGACGAAAGAGGACGUUGCAUAUGUCCAACCGAACAUGGUUACAGUUUGAAUAUCUAUGGACAAUGUGUACCGAAAAAUACAACACAAUUUAGAACAGAUUUUCCAAGACCAGACAUGGUCGUUACAUGUUUGUCGGACGGAGUCCAAGUAGAAAUCCAUAUCACGGAGAAGGGAUUCAACGGAGUGUUGUACGUGAAGGGCCACAGUAAAAACGAACAAUGUAGACGAGUCGUUUCGAUGGCGCAAGACUCAUCGCCUAAAACUGAAAUAUUCAAAGUGAACUUUGGUAACUGCGGGCUUAUACACGUAAACGGCCAAGCUAGUUUCGUGCUGGUUAUUCAAAAACAUCCGAAACUGGUAACAUACAAAGCCCAAGCCUAUCACAUACGUUGUGUGUACCAAACAGGAGAACAGAACGUCACCCUUGGCUUUAAUGUUUCCAUGUUGACUACGGCUGGUACUAUAGCGAACACCGGGCCGCCCCCCACGUGUUUGAUGAAAAUAGUCACACACACCGGUCAAGAGAUCAAUUCAGCGGAAAUUGGAGACAACCUCAUGUUACAAGUGGAUGUCCAACCGUCUAGUAUCUACGGAGGAUAUGCCAGGAGUUGUGUAGCGAAAACGAUCGAAGACAACGUUGAAAACGAGUACAUAGUAACGGACGAAAAUGGAUGUGCGACCGAUCCGACGAUAUUCGGCGAGUGGGAUUACAAUGCCGACACCCAGUCGUUGUUGGCUGGUUUCAACGCAUUCAAAUUCCCGAGUUCCGACAACAUACGAUUCCAGUGUAACAUACGCGUGUGCUUCGGCAAAUGCCAACCGGUGAAUUGUCGCGGCUACAACGCAUUCGGUAGACGUAGGCGACGUGAAAUAAGCAAGGACAAUAACAGACAGGACGAAGACGCUAUCGAUGUGGUCCAACGAGGACAGCUGAGAGAAGAAAUCACGAUCGAAUCGAAUGCUAUUCUGACGUUCGAACGCAGAGAAGAACGGCUUAUGGGUCCCACUGAAGCGCCGAUCACUCAGCCCACGGAAGACAUUUGCGUGUCGGUCAUCGGGCUGAUCGUCGCCCUUGUCAUCACAGCCCUACUGGCACUGGUGGCCGUCGCCGUGGCCGUGUCGUGUUGGCUGAUGGCUUACAGGAGAACGCCGAACGUCAACGGCCCGCUACCCCAUCCGACCCAAGUACCCAACCCGAUGUUCAUGAACCACGACCAGACGUCCGAACCGUCACCGGACUAUUUAACAUGAUCACAAAAUCAUUUUUGUAAUACUAUUACUUUUUUUUGUAAUAUUUUUAUUUUUUUUUUUUUACUACUACUCGUUUAGGCACGCCGCACAUUGUGCAUGCGAUCGCCCGCCUAAACCUCAUUAUGUAAUUUACGACUGUUAAUAAUUUGCCAUGUUUGUGAUAAGUCGCGUAGGCCUUUAAUUAGCUGUAGACACUCACGAUUUAAAUACAUAUCUAUACAUGUGUAUAAAUAUGUAACUGUUUAAUACAAUUUUAGUCAACAAAAAAAA